UGCGUUUGAUUUGGUGGCAUUUUCCGACGCUUGUGUCUCCCGUUUUGCGAGAGUUUUCCACGCGAAAAACGCCCCGACUUGUGGAAACCUUGAAGGGCCGCGGGCAAGUGGUGGAAAAACCGGCCGAAUUGGAAAAUUCUUGGUGAAAAUCGGUGACGCCAUUUUCGCUCCAUCUGUCAAAUGUGAGCAAGGUCCGUCUGUCAAAUAAUUAAUUUAGAAGUAAACAAAAAUAUUUGUGAAAAUUGGUGGCAUUUGCUCGGUGGUGUGGCGUUUUCGAUGGUUUUGCCGAAGCCGGGACGCUGGUCUGGCGCUGGGACGCGACGUGGGGCUUUUUAGGUCAGCGCGCCAACAAUAUGGGCAUAUUAUGGCGAACCCCCCGUACCAUCAUGUAAGGAGGUUUAUGGGAUAGCUUGGGACGAUGCACCGAGCGAAAAAACCACAAAUCACCGAUCUGAACCAACACCUGAUUUGUAAACUGUGCAAGGGUUAUUUCGUCGAUGCCACCACGAUUAUCGAGUGUUUGCACUCUUUUUGCAGAAGUUGCAUCGUUAAGUAUUUGGCGGCGAAUAAGUACUGUCCCGUGUGCGAUGUGCAAGUACACAAGUCGAAACCGCUGCUUAACAUCAGGCAAGACAGAACUUUACAAGAUAUCGUCUACAAAUUGGUUCCAAGACUGUUUCAAAAUGAGGUUCAAAGGCGACGCGAUUUUUACAAAACGCAUCCAGAGGCGAAACCUAACCUAGAAAAAAUCCUGGAUAAUUACCAGCACAUCAUCAGUCCAGAGGAAUCGAUUUCGUUGACAAUGUGCUAUUACGGGUGUAAAGAAUCGUCGCGUUAUCUGCGCUGUCCCGCCGCUGUAACAAUCGGGCAUUUGCAGAAAUUAAUUCGGGCCAAGUACGGUCUCUCUGAUAAUCAUCAUGUAGAUAUUUUGUACAAUCAAGAUUGCCUUAACUCAACGUUGACCCUAAUCGACGUGUCUUAUAUUUAUUCCUGGAAGAGGAAAACCCCCCUGGAGCUAACCUACCGAAUUUACGAAUACGCGCCGAAAAAAACCGAAGUGAAGAAAGAGGAAGCAAGCGAACAAAACAACAACUGGAAGGAAGUCCAAUUGAGGAUAAGCGAGAACGGCGAAAUGUCAAUAAUCCAAGACGAAGCCUCCGAACUUGUAAAUAACAACAACUACAAGCCGGAGAUCGUAACAGUCGUCGAUAAAAAGUUACCUGAACUCAAUCUAAUCGGUGAAAACAGUGCAGCCUCAACCUGUGUCACGUUCAGUUCGUCCACGACCACCAAAACCGUUUUUAGUACAAUCAAUUCGACUAAAUGCAGUGUAUCAAGUGACAGUGAUAGAAGAGAGGAAAAGCCCGCCCUUAAGCGCAAAGCGCCCGACACGCCCCCCGAACCGCCCAAAAAACAAACCAUCCUCAACCACUCGAUCGGCCUCCAAAACCUCUCCAACAAUCACCCGCUUAAGAAACAUUCGCAACCAAACAAAGACGAUAGUGUUUUCACCAAACCCAAAAGUGUGACCUUGAGCCGACCCGGAACCCCUAAACCCUGUUACAUGCCUAAACCGGUGAUAACCGUCCCCAAACCCAGCACAAGUGUGGGCGUGCCCAAACCCCCGAUCCCCCUACCACCACCCCCACCCCCCUCAACCCAACCAACCAAAUUGAUCAAAUCCAAACCAAGCACGCCAAUUGGCUACAAAACGCUGCGAGACCCGCCCAAAAGCUGGAAUUCGCAAAUCGCCAAAGUCACGAAACCGCUCAGCGACCCCAAGAAUAUCAAACCAGCGAAGUUUUUCAAACGACGAAAUAACCUACCACGCUAUUUGGGGAAUCCCGCAUCGGGUGUGAAACCAAUGUACCCGGUGCAGUUAAGCCCCGAGAAGGAAAAACCCACCGGCGAGAUUAAAAAACACUCAAUUGUGAAAAUCGACCCGAAAACACUGAAACCCAUAUCGGAGAAAGCGCCCGAAACGACGUCUUUGAGCAAUUCGAGCGAUUUGAAAAUUAAUACGAGUUCGGUGUCGAUUUUUAAUCCGUUGAAAUUGCAAAAUUCGCCGAAAGGCGAGCGGAAAUCGCCGAAGAGUCCGACCACGACCACGAUGACGAAGAGGGAUAAGUUGAGUUUGAAUUUUACGCCGAGUAAUCCGUUUAUACCGAAUUUGACGUCGCCGACGGUUAGUCCGAAUCAGUUUUUGUAUCCGGCGGGACCUCCGGGAUUCCCCUCGUACGAUCCGAGGGUGAUGGCAGCCUAUCAUAAUCUUAUCUACGGACAGAGGAUGGCUUUUCCGCCGGCUUUGACCAUGGGCAAGUGUUUCGAGUUGGCGGGUCCGACUAGCCCCAAAUUGGGGGGCAUGCCACACAGUCCACAGUUUCAGAAGAUCCCGACCGAGUUCAAAAAGAAGAAGGAAAACGGCGGCAAAAGCGAGAAGAGUUUACAAAACGCUGUGGAAAAAUUGACUCAAAAUCGUGCAAAAGAACAAGCGAAAGUCGAGGAGCAAAAAACGCCGACUACGAACGGCGAAACCGAACCAGCAGACACCGCGACGGUAAGUGCGGAAAAGGUCGACGAGAAACGAAGUGCCUGAUUUAGUUUUUUUCGGUGCCUUGAUACCGAUUCACUGUAGCUUAAAAGAAAGAGAAAUUUAAAAAAAAACACCAAUAGGGAAAAAUCUCCUGUUUAAGGAUAAUACUCUGCUUAAAAUAAUAGUGUAGAAAUGGUUACUUUACUUUAUAACGUGUGUUUGUAAACGGGUCGGUGUCGGAUUGGCGUCCAUAUUUUGUAGCGGUUUUUUGCGUUGGGGAAAUUCAUUAAAUUUGCUUUCGGAAAAUUUCGACGGCUGUGAUUUUUUUUUCAUCUGUAUUAAAAAUCAAAUGUCGGUACAAAAUAUGGGCUUGACUUGUUUAUAGAUACCUGGAAUUUUUAUAUUAAUAAUAGUUUAAGAUAUUUUUAAUAUUUCAGUUACGAGAGAAAAUUGAAAGAUUUUAUUAUUGUACAUUGUAAAUAAUUGAGAGCACAGAUGAUUUAAUAAAAAAAAUAUUUAUAGUUUGAAAAUGUUUGUUCACAACGUGUCAUAAUCACUAGCCAGACUAAAAUCAAUCACUUCGUCGCCUGUCAAAAAACGAACAUCGCUCUGACUGUCACCGUUCGACGUUUGCUUCAAACGUCGCCAGUGGCACAGUUGGUAGCGCCGCGCCACAAACGCCAUACCAACCACACCGAACAAAACACCAAAAACCACACCAACACCGAAAACGAUCGAUUUCGCGUCACUAGUUACGACUUUAUCACCGAUCACUAUCUUCUGAUGGUCGUAGCUUUUAUCACUAUCCGCGUAAUCGGUGAUUAUUUCGCUUUCUUUGAUUGGGGGGAACGCCUCGGUCACUAGUUUGGUCGUAGUGGGCGUCGAAACACUACUAGUGACAGUGACAGUGACAGUACUUUCACUAGUCAUUUCACUAGUUGUGGACGUUUCGCUCAAACAGAAAUCAAAGUAGUCGGGACAACACCGACUACGUUCAAAACACGCCUCGUCGCAGUCGCACGUAAUCAACCAAUCGUGCGCCAGGUGGGUGUCGUUCGUAUCGCACCGGUUUUCGCACGACUCGACGCUGAUUGGCGUCCAAGUGCUAGGCUCCGCCCUGAAACCAAUCGUAGUAAAGUGGGCGGGUUAAGUGGGCGGUACUAACGUCGUUGUCUCGGUUUCGAUCGCAUCAUCGGGCGAACAAUUGACAAUCACUCGCACGUCAUCGAUUGCUAUAUCGCUGACGUAACUCGACCCCCGAACGCCCUCUAUCACGAUCUGAAACAAGUGACAGUUACACAAUUGUCAUUUUUCCGACAUGACCUACUUGAUAAUCGUCACUAAUUGCGCCGAUUGUGACAAAACCGCGAAACCACCGGUUUCCCUGAUUUCCGGUUUUCUCCCAAAGUGAUUUUUUGGGAUCAAGUUGCCACGUUUCGUUCACUUUUUUCACAUAAAUGCGGAGACUACCGGUCGUAACUCCAUACAUGUGGUAGUAGAAUUCGAAACAAACAUUUUCGUCGGUUUUGUCGAAAACUGGCGAAAUGAGUCGAGCCGUAUCGUUGAUAUUCCGCGCUGAUGACUCGAUGUACAUGUAGAAACCGUCCUUACCGGCACCUUUCGUGUGGUCGUGGGACGGCCCAGUGCCAAUCGAGCCGCUGGGCGUGGCGUAGUUAAGCCUCAUCCAAUCAAAAUCGUGAUUCAAGUCGUGGUUCCACCCACACAAAUCGCCCGAUUCGAAGUCACACGAAAGGGCGGGGCUUGAAUUGGUCGCUGCAAUUCGAUUGGGUGCGUGAUGGGGGGCGGCUCCCAGAGGCGUACUUACGUAAACAGGCCGGUAACGGGUUGUCCCACUUGAAACCGUCACAAUACGCAAUACUCGAACCCCGUAGUUGGAAGUGACUCUUGCAGAAGAAAUUCAAAACUGCGCCUCCGUGGGACGGGUAGAUGAGCCCGUUGGCUGGGGGUUUUGCAGCACGACACGUGGCCCCUAGUGCGUUAAAUUUAAUAACACUAAUUUUGAUUUUAAACAAUGACUUACUGACGCAUUUUGGAUAUGUGUUGUCCCAGACACCUUGGACACACACAGUGUAUCGAUCACCGGCUAGUGUAUACCCAGUGUUGCAUAAAACGCGCGCGAUUUUACCACGUUGGCGGUAGCGGACGCGUCCGUUGGGGACUUUGAUGGGGGGACAGUCGCGAUUGGGGGAUUUUACGGUCGAGGUUACCUCGAAAAAAGCGAGGAGGAAGAAGAAACCACCGAACAAUUGCAUCUUUUCACAACGACUGGAAUUUUUCAAUUCGAACUUGACCCUUAUCAGUUCCUGGGGAAGUUGAUUAGGGAAGGAAGUGAUAAUUGCGAUCUGCAUUUUAAGAAGUGAUAACCGAACGUGGGAUGGUGAGGCGAGGACAGGUGGCUUGGGCGGGUUUGAAUUUGCCGCCACUUUUUAGUGUUCCUAGCGACAUCUGAUUAUUUUUUUCAAUGUAUGAAUGACAAAGAUAAAACUAAGUUUUUAUAGUAAGAAGAAAAAAGAGGAAGUGUCUGUAUACAGAGUGAGUAUUUUUUGCAACACAUUUCUCAAAAGAACUAAUAGGAAUCAGCGUUUGCUUCUUUAUAUUUUUCUACAGGGUGAUCCAAAAGCGGCGAACAAACUUUCCAACGAUGAUGAAAGAUGUUCAGUUAAGUAUAAAAAUUAAGAGAUUUUUUUCUAAUCAAAUGAAUUUUUAAUUUUUAAUAUAUUGUAUAUACAGGGUGUCUCACCUAAGACUGUUGAGUCUAUUAUUUCAGUUAUUUGUCAACCUAUUUUUACGAAAUUUAAAAUACAGAUAUUUUUACAUGCCUUUUAAAAAUAUUAAAUCAUUUAAAAUUUAUAUUAAAAAAAAUAUCGUCAAUAAAAAUUGCUGUAAGAAAAAAUCGUCCUUAAAAGACGUCUAUUUUGCAAGAA